GCAGCCAAUGGGGAGCGCGGACGGCGGCGCGCGCGCCAGGGGGGCGGGGGCGGGGCUCUAUUUCAGGGCCGCGCGUCGGCCGCGCUCAGCGGCGGAGCAGAGCGGACGGCGAGGUAUCAGCCGGGACAGGCGGUCGGCCCAGUGGCGCGAGGCGGAGCGCGGGCGUCCGAGGAAGCUCGGAGGGCGAACAGCAGCGCGAGCGCUCGGCCCGGGGCUACGGGAGCAGGGGGAUACCGCGGCGGCAGCGGCUGCUGCUGCAGGACGAGCCCAGGGGACACCGCCCCUGCCCGCGCUUUGCUUCAGCCCAGCGCUGCUCCCCAGGGGCCUGUGCGGACUCGCCUGCGUGACGUGUCACGAUGUCUGACCGGAAGGCAGUGAUCAAGAACGCAGACAUGUCUGAGGACAUGCAGCAGGAUGCCGUUGACUGCGCCACACAGGCCAUGGAGAAGUACAACAUAGAGAAGGACAUUGCUGCCUAUAUCAAGAAGGAAUUUGACAAGAAAUAUAACCCUACCUGGCAUUGUAUCGUGGGCCGAAAUUUUGGCAGCUAUGUCACACACGAGACAAAGCACUUCAUCUAUUUUUACUUGGGUCAAGUUGCAAUCCUCCUCUUCAAGUCAGGCUAGGUGGCCGAGGUGAAGGUGUCAGUGGCGGCGGCAGCGAUGGCGAGCAGGCGGCGUUGCUGGGACUGUUUUGCACUGGGGCCAGCAUCAGGAAGUCCUCUCCAAUGGCUGUGCUACUGCAUGGACUGUAUACUCGAUUUCAUGUGUGUGUCGCAGUAAACAAAAACCAAACUUCUUUCUGUUUAGUUGCCUGGGGAAGAAGGCUGCUUUAUGUUUAUGUUUUGUAAGAUGUUAACAUUAUUUUUUUGGUUGUAUUGCACUAGGAAAUCUCUCCCACCCCGCCUUUUCUCUUUCUCUCCCUAGAUAAAAAUAAAAGGCCCUCAGCGAAGCCCUAAAGACUAGGGAGGGCCGAGGAAUAGAAAUAGGUCUGAGGCAGAAGUUAAGCUGCAGCUGCCUUUUGGAUGGUGGGCGCUACUAUAGGAGGCCGGUGAGGCUGUGAGGACAGGGUUAGGCUUGGCAAGGAGAGGGAUAGGAAGGUGGGUGGGGGGAUUGCUCUAGUACCAGGGAGAAUAUUCCACAGAACUGUGACUUUAUGGCUUGGGGCAGGGGUGGGUGGGGUGCAGUCUCUAAGGGGCCCUAAGAUGUUUGUGGUGUGGGAGUGGGGAGCAGACUUGUCUUGCCGUCUGUCAGGAUUUCCAAGUAAGGGCUUGUGUCUUCGUGGGUCACCUUCCCGUAUUCUUCCAGCCAGAGGUCAUGUUGGGAGGAUGCUGGGAGUAGGAUUAGCUUGACUUUCCCUUUACAUUCUGUCUGCUCCCUGCUUAGCCCUCGGUUUUUCUCAUUCCUCAGUUCUCUUAGAGCAGCCCCUAUUGUUGGCUGGCAAGGGAAUUUCUGGUGACUGUAGUUCCUUAGUUAGGUCUUAGCAAUCAAACCAAAUCAAUGUCCCCUUGAUUCUUCUUUGUGUAUGUUUGUGUUUGUCUGUGUGCGUGUGGGGGUGGGUUUGGGGUAGAAGGGUGGGAAGGGGCAGGAUAAGUGGAAUCUCUAGGGUGUGUGGGAGGUAGGGGGCAGUUAGUUCUAAGUGGGCUUUCAUGUUACCUGUUGUGAGGGUGAGGACAGGUUGGUGUCAGACUAUCCCCCCUCCCCUCAGGUCACCUUGCUUGGACACUCUGCUUUGCCCUGUGGCUGUCUGUUUCCUGGGAAAGUUUUUGGAAGGUCACCCAGAAUAGGAUGGUCAUACUGCCAUCUGUCCUGGAGUUAGAUCUGGGUGCAGAGGGGGACCAGUUGGUGGUUGGUCUCUAGUGGGAAGUGAGAAUGGAAGUAAUUGGGGGAGGGGCUCCUCAGAACAGGUCUGAAGUAUAGUAAUGACCUCUGGGAGUCAGGAGGUGGAGAAGGGCUGUGAAUGGGAGGAGAUUCCAGAGAGAGGGUACAAGGGAAACCUUAUCUGUGGGUGACAGGAUUGGGGUGGGUGGGGGUUGUCAUUGCCAAUUGAGCUGCUGAUUCUUAUGAAUCACAUUCAGAACUCGUGUAGGGUUAACACUGUAAGGGUUGGGGAAAUCUAGCUACUUUUUUCCCCAGCCCAUUCUUGGGGGUUGGGGGAAGGCAGGAGAAUGCCCCUUCCUCCUAAGCCCUUUGUGUGUGUUGAGCUUUUGUUUCUCUUCAGUGCUGGCAGGGGAGGGUGGGAACUGGUGGUGACCGAGUUCCCUGUUCAAACCUUUAUUGGGUACAAGAUUGAAUGUUUGGUUUUAGGUUUUAUUUUUCUUAUGAAUGUCCAGAUAUGUGUUUCUCCCUGCCCUCCCAGACUGUGGCCAGUUGGAAGUGUCUCGUUUUUGUUCAUCUUUCAUUUCUGGUGCAGGGACUGAGACCCUGCCACAUCUAUGCUCUGCAUCCACGCCUCUUUUGGACAUUAAAGGUCGAUUGAUGCACUUGUGA